AUGCGAUUCCACGCGCCACGGUCCGCGUCUCCUUCUCCUGAACGAGGCUCAUACAGGAGCCAGUCGACAUACGGCCUGAACUCCGAGUCCGACGAUGACUCUGACGCUGAGUCUGCUGCGAGUUCUGCGUCGACCGACUCGUUCUGUUACCGGUCAGAAUCUGAGGUCCCGCCUCCCCCACCACGACCCCAGCGCCCGCCACGCAGCGCGGCGGAAGAAUACUACGUCAAAGACUUUCUGACAUCGAUCCGCAUCCGAGUCAACCACCACGACCCAUACGAGGAGUUCAAGCGGAAAACACACGAGGAAUCCUUGCACGUCGCCCGCGUGAACCAGGCGCUCGACAAGCGCGAGCGGCACCAGAAACAGAAGCAGACGCACGCCGCGAUGACGCAGAUCCGCACGAGCCACCACCAGAAGCAGGUCGAGGCCGUGCAGGCGGCGCUCGCGCACGUCUCGCUGCAGCAGGAGGCGCUCGAGCGCGGGCUGCGCGAGCGCUGGAACGCGCGCAACCGCGCGCUGUGGGAAGGCCUCGAGGGCGUGAUCCGCCAGGAGGAGGAGAAGGUGCGCGCGAGGCUUGCGGAGGAGGAGCGCCAGCGCGAGGAGGAGGCGCGCGUGCGCCGUGAAGAGGAGGAGCGCCAACGUGCGGAGGAGGAGCGCAAGCGCAAGGAGGAGGAACAAAAGCGUGCGGAGGAGGAAGAGCGCAAGCACAAGGAGGAGGCACAAGCUGCGGAGGCGAAGCGGCGGGAGGAGGAGGCGAAGACGCGCAAGGAGAGCCUGGCAGCGCAGAAGAAAAAGCGGGAGCUGCUGGGAUACACCAUUGGCCCCGAGGACUUCAAGUACGGCCAGGAUACGUUGAGCUCACUCAAGCGGUUCAGGAUGAGGGUCGUGAAGAGCGAUCCGAAGCUGAAGGCGGCGUGGAACGCGGCGCGGCGUGUGAUCACUCCCAAGAUAGGCCAGCUCACGGACGACCCGGCCGCCAUCGCGCGCAUAAGCGAGGAGAUCUGCAAGACCAUAAGUGCACACUCGCAGCCCGUGUUCCACGCACUGCUGUCCUCGCUCGCCAAGGCGAUCCUCGUGCAGGCCGAGACGGAGGUGACGGCCGAGCCACGCAGCGCGGUGCCGCUCGCGCAGGUCACGGCGGCGCUGCUCGUCGACCUUAUGGACUUUGAGGACAUCUUCUGGGCAAAGUUCACGCAGCGGGCGGGGAACUGGCCAGCGGCGGCGCCGACGCCGACGCGGGACGCAGCCGGGGCGCUGCUCGACCCGACGGCGCGGCUCGCGCUUAUGGGCGCGCGCAAGGACGAGCCGGCGGCGGCGUACGCGGCGCGCGUCGUGGGGCUGAUGCGGGUGUACUUCCACGUGCUGCGGACGAACAUGCCGCGGCCGCUGAAGGGGCCGUUCCGCACGACGCGGCUGUGGACGUGGCUGGUGCGCCUGCUGCAGACGCCGGCGCUGCACGGGUACACGAUCGCGCCGUACUCGGUACAUGCGCUACUGGAGAUUGCCGGAGACGACGGUCGCGAAAUAUGGGGCGCGCAGUGGGCGAAGCUGCUCGAGGUGCUGUACGAGGGCGUCACGACGGGCUUGGGCGGCGACGAGACGCGGCUGAUCGGAGGGAAGUCGGACGAGGCGGUCGCCGCGCGUGCGCGCGUGCGGGUGGAGAUUGAGAGACUGCUAGCAUCAUAG